AAGCGCAAGCAGCGCAGUCCCCUUUCAUUCACUGUGGUUGAGUGUCAUCAUGGCCACAUCAUCGCUGAAAAUGCACCGGGUUUUAAUAAGUGUCCUUUGCAGUGCAUUUCUCUUUAGUGUAAUAUUGUGCGAUAAUGGAACAGACGAGGAUGAGCAUACCAAGCAUACUUACACAGUGGAGAUGUUCAACAACGCUAUUCCGACUGCUCCACACUUCGUGAUGUUCUUCGCACCUUGGUGUGGUCACUGUCAGAGGCUGCAGGGGACCUGGAAUGAGCUGGCUGAAAAAUACAACACCAUGGAAUCUCCCCCUGUCUAUGUGGUUAAAGUAGAUUGCACGAAGGACACAAAGUUUUGCUCCAGCAACCAUGGUAUUCGGGGAUAUCCCACUUUGAAGCUGUUUAAACCUGAGCAAGAAGCAGUGAAGUAUCAGGGCCCAAGAGACCUGCAUUCCCUAGAGACCUGGAUGCUGAAAACUCUUCAGGAGGAGCCAGAGGUGCCACAGAGUGAGCCUGAGGCUCCCAAAGUGCCAGAGCCCCUGCAGGGCAUGUAUGAGCUUACUGCCUCCAACUUCAAAGCACAUAUAUCCAAAGGCUCUCACUUUGUGAAGUUCUUUGCACCAUGGUGUGGCCAUUGCAAAGCUAUGGCUCCCACAUGGGAGCAGCUUGCCACCAGUUUCGAACACUCAGACUUGGUCAAGAUUGGCAAGUUAGACUGUACUCAGCAUUAUGAGAUCUGUUCAGAGAACCAGGUGCGAGGCUACCCCACGUUGCUCUUCUUUACAGAUGGAGAAAAGGUAGAACAGUACAGAGGAAAACGUGAUCUGGAGUCCUUUAAAGAAUUUGUGGAUAAUCAGUUAGCAGCUGCCUCUUUAAUAGAUAAGGAUGCUGCUGAAGAUGCAAAAGGCAAUGAAAUACCACAGAACACAGAUUCUGUUAAAGAUGAGUCCACUGUUAAAAUCCUCACUGAAAGCAACUUUGACGAGUCUAUUGCUAAAGGGAUUUCCUUCAUCAAGUUUUAUGCUCCUUGGUGUGGCCACUGCAAGAACCUGGCUCCUGUUUGGGAGGACCUGUCUAAGAAGGACUUUCCUGGCCUGACUGAUGUCAAGAUUGCUAAAGUGGAUUGCACUGUAGAGAGGACACUCUGCAACAGAUUUUCAGUGAACGGAUACCCGACACUGCUGAUAUUCCGAGGAGGCCAGUUGGUGGAAGAGUAUAAUAGUGGACGGGACUUGGAGAGCUUGCACAGCUUUGUCAUGAAGCAAGCCAGAGAUGAGCUGUAGCUCUACCUCAUUACUCACAAAUAUCCUGUACUUAUACCUGAUCUUGUUCUGUGUUUUCUACUAGCUAGGCUAGCAUGUAUUUCCAUAAAUGAAAACAUGCUCCUGCAGAAAUAUACAAAAGCCAUUCUUCAACUUUCCAUUCUUGUCUAUUUUUUUAUGAGAGCAGUUACUAUAAUUUUAUCAUUAAGUGAAAUCUGAAUGUAUUUGAUUUCAGCUAAGGGCGUUUCACUUGGAGACCAAUGGAUGGAAAAGGUACUUCUGAUUGACAACCACUUUUCCAGUAAUAGAAAUACCUCCUUUUUUUUUUUUUUUUUAAAAACUGUCUAUUCAACAUUUAGUUAGCAUUAUAAUCUGGCUUAUUGGGCCAGCAAUACAGUUUACUGUUACUCUAAGAAGAAUCUUGUAACUUGGCUCUCAGGGAGAACUUUUUGUGUUAAAUAAGGAGUUGUUCCUUCAUUCUGCCUUUUCACCCCAGUUCAUAGACGUCUUUUACACUUAAAAACUGCACAUUUGUGUUUCGUCUCAUAUAAGGUUUGCCUGUGGGAAAACUCAGCCUUUAAAGCCAUCUUCAGUCAUCACUUGUCUGUAUGUUUCCCAAUUUAUCUUACUUAUUACACCUGACCAGUUGAUCAACAUACCCUUUUAGAGCUAGUACACAGUGAUUAGUGCAGGCAAAACACAAGUCCUAGACUCACAUUGAGAACCAGUGGUGGGGUUUUAGGGAGAUUUCUGAAACGUAAUUUUUCUGCAGAAGCCUUUAUCUUGACUAGAAAAUACUUGACUAGAAAAUGUAACUUUUGAUUCAAGAAUUAGCAUCAUGUUAUGACACUUGAAAAUUAAAAUGCUAAAACAUCAAUUUUAGCACUACUUAUAAGUUUAAACGAACACUGCGAUCUUGUAUAUGUAUGAUUAUUCUCACAUACAUUUUAUUGGGUUUCUUCUAUACCUUUUUCUAUACCUGAAAGAUUUAUGAAAGAAAAAACACAUACACAUUGUCCAUGCAGAAUGCAGUACAUGCAGAAGCAGAGCAGUAUCUUUCACUACCAAAUGAUUUUGUACAAAACCACUUUAAAAAUUCUUCUUAAAAAAAAAAAAAAAAAAACUCAUUAAAAUUUUUAAAUCCAAAAACUGAGCCAUUGCGUAUCUCUGUAAAGUGCUUCUAAAAGUGGUGGAAUAAAUAACUUUUUGCCCACAGAUAUAUUGUAUUGGCUUGCAAAAGUAUUCCAGAUUUCUCUGAAUAACAACCGGACACCCCCCCCCCCCCCCCCCCCUUUUUUUUUUUUUUUAUGUCGAACCAUUUUUUCUUCUCCUCACUUAUGCUAAUUCACACGUAUUUCACCUUUUGAUUUUGACAUUUUCAAAAGCUGUUAAAUGCUUUUAUUGGCAUAAAAGUGAGUCAAAAUAACAUUUAAUUUGACCUUUCUGCCUUUUCUUUCACUGUUUACUUGUUUUGUGUUUCCAGCCCUCUUUCACUGAAAAAAUUUCUGGAGUUUUGUGGGUGUUACUAAAUGCAAAUGAGCUGUGUCACAAACAUGCACCCUCCUAACGCUUACUGAGAUUACAUGCCAGUGAACUUCAUUAAACAUCUUUAAACCUUGA